AUGAAACCAGGGGCCAGUGCUGGAGGCUGGGGGGACGACGCACGUGGGAGGGACAUGGACAUGGGACAAAUCAGCUGUGCAAGGACAAUCCCUCGGUACCAAGCGCCACCAGUCUCCCUCCUCCUUCUCCACAAUCUCACUUUGUCACAACCCGAGGCCUGGGGGGAAAAACCCCAGCAGCUUCAGGCGUGUCGUUCAUCCCGCACCGCAGAGGUGUGGGACACGUCUGCACACGUCGAGGUGCACACACUGUCUGCUCAGGAGGAAGUAACUCCAACUUAUUGA